UCUGGAUCCGCCUCCCCAGUGCCCGCCCUGGGGCGGGGGCAGCACGGCCCGGCCCUGCCCAGCCCGGCCCAGCCCGGCCAGCAAGCGGCGGCUGAUCGCCCUGAGGCAGCGGGGCAGAAGUCGUGCCCAUGGUGCUCAUGACAGAGCAGCGCUGCGAGGCGGAGGAGCCGAAGGCUGGGCGGGCCGGCGGCAGGCGGGAAUGCAGGGGCGCCCUGCGGCUUUCAGAUGGAGAAAAUGGAACAGAUGAAAGAAAAAAGCCAGGAAAAUCACCUACUCUGUUGCUGCAGACUCCUACCGGUGAAGUGGAACAUUUUGAUAACCGGAAGAAAGUUGAUGUUGCUAGGACAAAAAGCAGUUCAGACAGUCCACUCCUGACAACAGAUAUCAAGAAUGAUUCCAAGAUUGAAAGGAAAAAACGUGUCUCAAAUCAGCUGAAGGCAAAUGCACACUUUCAUAAGCUGUUUCUGGAUGUUCCCAUUGAUGAGCCACUGAAACAAAGUUUUACCUGUGCUCUGCAGAAAGAAAUUCUGUACCAAGGAAAGUUAUUCCUUUCUGAAAACUGGAUUUGCUUCCAUUCCAAGGUUUUUGGUAAAGACACUAAGAUUAGCAUACCUGUGCUCUCAGUGACACUUCUGAAGAAAACCAAAACUGCCCUUCUUGUGCCAAAUGCUCUGAUCAUAGCAACAGUCACAGACAGAUACAUGUUUGUCUCCCUACUCUCCAGAGAUACCACCUACAAGCUAUUAAAAUCUAUCUGUAGACAUCUUGGGGAUUUAAGUAUGGGCAACAGUUCCAAUCCAUCUUCUGCUGAAAACAGCUUCAGGGCUGAUCGUCCUACAACUCUGACCCUGGAUUUCAAUGAGGACUAUUCUGAUCUGGAUAGAAUAGUGCAGCAACGAAGACAAGAGAUGGAGGAGUCCAGUAGCACAGGCUCACAGACCCCAGAGCUUGAAUGCUUUCAAGAUUAUCAUGUCGUUGAGACACAGACUCACUUGAAAGUUUCAAAGACUGAAGCAAAGUCUGCCCGUUCAGAUGCGCACAGUAAACACAUACCUGAAGGAAAAGCCAGAAAUGGUCUUCGAAAUGGAGGUCAUUCUGAAGUUUUCAGAUUCUUCCACAAAAUGAAGUCCCAGAAGCUCUUAUCGCUGAACCACAUACUUAUAUUUUAUGCAGUUCUUGUCUGUGUUUUAAUAUUUUCUACCUUCUACAUGAGAUACAAAAUCAAUGUCCUGGAGGAACGUCUUAUUUCCAUCACAUCCUUUGAUUCACAUGUUAAAGACCAUCCAGUGCGCCAAGGUUUGGGAUCUCAUCUGCAAAUUAAUGCUGAUGCCCUCUGUGAUGAGUUAACUGCCAAUCUUAUAAAAUUGGAAAAGACCUAAUGAAGAAGAGAAUCCAUGGGAGGAGGAGAUGAUUUUAUCAGCUUGAUUUCAGUUGAUCAGCUAGGUUUGCUGCUGGCUGAUCAUAUCUAGAUGUUCCUUUGACUAGUGCAGAAAGCACUUAACAUGAAUACCUGUGGUAUAAAUAGCUGUGACAGAAUUAACAGGCACACAGAAAGUAUAUUGAAGAAUGUCUUGAUUUUUCUUAAAAAUGCAGUAUAACACUUCUGGUUGCCCAGUUAAUUUUUCUCUUUCUUAGAUACAGAACAACUUACAAAAACUUCUUGAAGACGGUGAAUGAAAUGUCAAUGUUCUUGGACUGCUUGAGCCUUCAUUCGUUUUGCUUGACAAACAGUUCUAAAGGAGCUCCGCUGGCCAGAGUUCAAACUUCUUUAUUUUCAGUCCAAGCCAAGGUUAAGCUACUGUAAAGCUUAUGUCACAAUACAGAAAGUCAUUCUAUUCUUGAGCACAUACAUGUAUCUGUAUGUUUUGAAAAUAAGAGGUUUUUUCCUUCUCUAUUCUGUGUGAAGCAAUUAAUGAAUUUUACAGCUUGUUUGAUUUUAGACUUCCUUAUGCCAGUGCAAAUCCGGUGCAACUCCUCUUACCUCAGCAUUUAUUUUCUGUCUUUUGUCAUGUAAGUAUGAAUGGGAAGAAUUUCAGUUAUAAUUCAUGUUCUGAAGUGUUGUGUGAAUGAGUUGGUAUCUGACUUGCAGCUGUGGUUAUGAAUCAGUGCUGUGCUUUUUUUCUUUCUGCCCUUGCAUCCCAAAGAUCAAAAAACAGACAACUCUGGAUUUGAUUUUAUGAAGUUCUGAAUGUUUGAUGUGUGCUCAGGCUUUAAGAUGCUCUAAAUAGGCUCAAUUCCACAUUGCAUCAGUGCUGAGGGUAAGGUCUGUUUCUACCAGGCAUUAAUUUUACAUCAAAGUAAAGCUUGAAAUAUGUAUGGACUUGCCAACUUACAAUCAAGUUGCUUAUGAACAGCAGUAUGGGUGUGACAAGUCUGCACAACUUGGAAAAAAUGAUGAUUUUUCUGUCCACACGUAAAAUCUCUGUCCAUUAAGUUAAUCAACGUGAAGACUUCAGUCACCUUUCCUUGUGGUUGCAUGGAGUCUUGGUUGUCUGAGCAAAUGCAAUUCAUGUUCCAGUUGAUAGAAGUCUUGUCUUGGUAUGUGACUCCAGGGAUGGGAUGUUUCCACAUAAUAGAAACUGACAAAUUAGUAAAGCAGCAAUAAUAAUAAUUCCAGUAGACUGAAUGAAGAAGUGAACAUCUGCUUUGUCAUAUCAUUAUUUUUUUCAGUGCCCUAAGAUGGGAUAACUGGUUUUUUUAGCUUUCUGAUUCAUCAAGCAGGCUGGUUGGUUUUGGAAAAGCAAUACUUAAAAUAAUAACUAGUAUAUGUAAAGUAACAAUACGGUUUAUAUAUGCUAUGCAUUUUGUGACCAUUUCUGUGAAAUGUACCUUACUUUGUUUAAAUAAAUUUUU